UCUUUGGAGAUGAUUGGUUCACGCGCACGUCUCUAAAGCCAUGGGGACGCCGAACAGUUCUCCUCGCGCAUUGCAAACACAGUCGGCACUUCACUCUUAUUAUUAUGAUGAAUUUAAACAACUACGAUUGUUUCUCGCAACUUGAAAUAUCAUCUCGAAAGUGGAGGAAAUAAAGUGGCAAAUGCCACAGGAGGUGAUCAAGUCAUAACUGUGCUGUGUUGAACUAAAAUCUCAGCAAUGUCGCUACUGUGCGUGCGAGUGAAAAAGGCCAAGCUGCAAGGACCUCCAGACAAGUUUAAUGUGUACGUCACGUUGAAGGUCCAGAAUGUUAAAAGCACAACCAUCACGGUGCGAGGAGACCAGCCCUGCUGGGAACAGGACUUUAUGUUUGAGAUUAAUCGUCUGGACCUGGGUCUGGUUGUGGAGGUGUGGAAUAAAGGACUCAUCUGGGACACCUUGAUAGGAACGGCAUGGAUCCCACUUAACACCAUCCGCCAAUCAGAUGAGGAGGGGCCUGGAGAAUGGACCUCACUGGAUUCUGAGGUUCUGAUGAAGGAAGAUGAGAUAUAUGGCACUAAAAACCCCACUCCUCACCAAGUGCUGCUGGACACACGCUUUGAGCUCCCUUAUGAUAUCCCUGACGACGAGGCCCAGUACUGGACUAAAAAGCUGGAGCGCAUCAAUUCUAUGAGGAUACAUGAUGAGUAUUCACUGCAAGAUGAAGCUCAGAGAAGACAGCUGCCCCCAGUGCCCUCCCAGUGCUCUUUUGAUGACCCUGACAGCGCUGUGGAUGACCGGGACAGUGAGACAAACAGCAGGCCUCCACGAUACCACACCACGGCUCAACCCAAUUCCUCAGUACAUCAGUACCCUAUUGGCCGAAUAUUACAGAAUCAGCCAUUAUCAAAAGAGUCUAGAACAGACUCUAUCCAGAGCUAUGACUUGGAUUAUAGAGAAGGAAAGGAACAGAGAUUUUCAAGUGGUACAGAUGAUGUCAGAAUGAUUCCAGUGGACUCGGGUAUGGGAGUUGAAGACUGGGAGACCAAAUACAAAAUUAAUGACAACAUACUGGAUGAUUACCUGGAACCAGAGCAGAAAACGUGGGACGAUGAUGAUGACACCAAGAGUGAAAUUUAUAGAAUUGUGAGCAGCCCGGGUGACUCCAAAGGGAGUCGGUUUAACCAGACAGUAGAGUGUGAUGCAAUGUCCCCAGAGGAAGCUGAGGAGUAUGACACAUUAGGAAAUCCCAUCAGGAGAGCAGCCACAAGCAGCAGUGAGGUCCGUUUGGUCUAUAAAGAAGCUAGAAACUUCGAGGAUGAAAUUUCCCCUCCUGAGAUUUCCAUCAUUCCUUCAAUUAGGCAACUUCGCAGGACAAACCAAGCAUCAUAUACAGAGGGGCUGUUGUACAAAACCAGGAUGUGGGCCAAAAACUCAUUUGAAGACACCCUUGAGAACUACACAAUUUAUUGUGAGGAAGAGGAAGCCAGAAUGAGAGCAAGAAGUGAAUAUGGAUCUGCAGGAUCUGAUGAAAUGCAAUUCUCUCUUGGGUCUGAAGAGGAGCUAGAUGAUAUGGCGUUUGUAGAAGAGGAUGCGCAGUAUGAAUAUGACAGUUACUACAGUAAUGCAAGAAAUAUUUCCUCUUAUGAUGAAUGGUCACAAGGCUAUUAUGAACAACAGAGUAACAUGGGGAAUGAUUGCACAAGGGGCCCAGAUGAAAUAAUGCCAACUGAGCAGAAGCCAGAUAAGGAGUAUCAUGAUACAAUGGACGAACUUCAGAACUUAGUUGACUCUGUGUCAGAAUAUCUGGCUGGAAGAGAGGAGGAAAUUAGUAAAUAUGAAUCAAUGCAAAAAUCUGUCACUAAAACAGAAACAGAGAGUGAAGAAAAGAAAACUGAGGGUAAACCUGCUGAGAUGAAAGAGGAAAAUGCUGUGGAUCAAGGUAUUGCAGGUGUUAAAAAUGCCAUGAGCUCUUUGUUUAACUCAAUCACAAAUACUAAACCAGCAGCUGAAAAUACAGAAACUGCAACAAAAACUCCAUCUCCAGUUCCUCCCCAGGCAGAGUCUGGUAUUUCAAAAUUGUUCUCUUUCAUACCUAAAUCAACUAGUAGUCCAACUCCGGUCGCUGUUGUACCACCUGCUAAUCAGGAAACUAAUGCAGACAAGAAGUUCUCUUUGCAGUCGCUGUUGCCAUUUCAGUCCCCAGAGGUCAGUCGACCAGCUAGUGCCACAUCAGAGACUGAUGCUACAAACAUUGCUGAUUCAAGUGGCUCUCAAACUCAGGACUCCACUCCAAGUCAGACACAAACAGUGGUUGAUUCAGUGCUAGGAAGAUUGAGCCCUUUCAGGCUUUUUGGAGACAAAUCUAGUGCUGAAACUGUUUCACAACCAAAUAUAACUCAGGGAAACACGGAGUCUAAAGAAGCAUCAAUGGAGAAAUCCAAAAGUUUGUCUUUAGAGGGAUCUGGGACACAACCUGAGCACCAGUCCUCAUGUGGGGGAUCAGGAAGUGGCUCAGUAGAGCUCUUACCUGAAACAGAAUCAUCUGGUGAAUUACCCGAUUCCAUGCCCAGAGGGGCUACACCCAAGCUAGUAGAGAGUACAACUGAAGCAAAGCCUGCCAGUCAAACACCCGCAGAAGACACCGGAUUCUUUAGCCCCUUUAAGAAGUCAUUGAACUCACUCAUAUCAAACAAUGCUCCUGACGAUAAGCCAGCUGAGGUCCCCUCAAUGUUUUCUAUUUUUAAGCCAGCCGAGGCUCCAAAAUCUGAGGAUGUGUCUGGUACUUUUGCCAAUAAAUUAAAGCUCCCUUUCUUUUCCUCAGAUGCUCCAGUCAAUACUCAGGCAGCUAAACAAGAAGGUGGUAUGCUGUCUGGAUUUCUAAAACUGACAACAGGUGAAGAUCCCAAUAUUUCUAGACCUGGUGGACUUCAAGCUGGUGGUAAACCACCACUGUCCAGUCGUUCUGCACUGCUUGAAAGUGUUUCCAAAGGAAAUGCAGAUACUGGCUGGUUCUCCAAUCUGUUCAAAGCAGGCUCAACUGAACCACCAAAGCCACAGACUGGAACACCAGCCUCAUCAAAGCCAACAGCAACUACACAAAACAUUCCCACUGUUGUUGUGAAUCCUGAAAAACCAGCCAAUGUCAAAGAAGCUUCUGCAGAUAUAGUUGCUGAAGAAGAUUCUGCAACAAAAUGUCAUAAUGAGUGCCUGUCUACUGAAAAUCAAAGAGAGAUUAAAAUGGAUACACUGGAUACAGACCAAGUUGGCAGAAAUGAAAAUGCACCUAAACUUCAAGAUGGAUCAAAUGCCAAGCCAGAUGACCAAUGCCAUUCAAAGACUCAGGUUCAACCAAAGACACAAAAUGAUACACCGGCACAACCUCAGUCUCAGGGCUUGCUAUCCGGUCUUUUAUCUGGCAACAACAAGCCCCAAGCAAGUUCUGGUCCACCUCCACAGGGUGGAUUACUCUCAGGGCUACUUUCCACUGUUACUGGCUCCCAGAACCCGAGCCAGGUUCAACCAAGGGCUGCAUCUGCUCAGUCAGGAGGGCUGUUGUCUGGAAUAUUGAAAAUGGCUGCCCCUGAAAGUUUAACCACAAGCCAGUCAACAGGCCCACAGCAGCAACAACCCGGCAAUGAAGGAAAUUCCUUCCAAGAAUCACCUGCAACUGCUCAAAGCCACAGCCAGCCACAGCAGAGCACUGGAAUUUUCUCUGGGUUAUUCAAAUUGGCCAGUGAUACAGUUUCAAGCCCCCAAACAGCACCUGGCCAGUCAGCACCAAAUCCUGAAAAUCAAAAUGUCCCAAAGCAAGGAACAUUGGAGGGUGCACCCAAUGAGCCCUCUCAAGGAGCUUCACCUCAGCCUCAGUCGGGAGGCUUCUUAUCUGGACUUUUGAAGUUGGCCACCCCUGAGACUGUCCCAUCACCUGGAGAGGUAUCCCAGCCUCAGCAACAGCAAGCAUCACAACAGAACAGUAAUCAACAAUCAAGUCAACAACAUUCAGACACAAAGAGUCAACUGCCGCCAUCUCAGCCACCGCCAAUUGAACCACCUCCAAGUCAAACAGGAGGACUUUUUGGGGGACUCCUAAAACUAACAGAGAGUGCUCUUGCAGGGUCACAACAGCCAAGUGGUUCUGGCAGUCAGCCUAAUCAACAGCAAUCCAGCAAACCAAAUACACAGUCACAACCACCACCUGCUACAGCAAGUGGAAUGUUUUCAGGAUUUUUGAACAAGCUAACAGCCCCAGAGAGUGUCCCUCAACAGCCACAUCCUGGAAAUAGUAGCCUGACCUCACAACAGAGCCCUAAACCCCCUGAACAACCACUACCUUCCCAGACAGGUGGCUUCCUUUCUGGCCUGUUUGGUAUGAGUGCAUCAGAUGUUAAUAAUGCCAAAGACCCAGCUCCCCAGAAUCUUCCACAGCAGGAGGCCCCUUGUUCUGGUCAACCUAAUGCACAGCAAAGUAACAGACAAAACUUGCGAAGACAAAACCAAGUUCCACCUCAGCCGGUACCUCAAAGUGGACCAAGUGGAAUGUUCUCUGGGUUGCUUAAUAAGAUUGCAGACACCGCCACUGCACCACCCCAGGCACAAAACACACAGCAAACCAGUAGAUCUGGUCCAAAUGAAAGUGCCCCCCAGCAAUCUUCUAGCCAACAGGGUGGUGGGUUCUUUUCUGGGCUUUUUUCAACCAACCAGACACCAGCACAAUCACAACAAGGACCUCCUGGAUCCAGUCAACAGCAGCAGGGAAACAGGCAGCCUUUACAAAGACAGAAUCCGAUUCCAUCUCACACACCAUCAACCCCUGAGCCAUCACAAGGGGGUCUGCUUUCAGGCCUUUUCAACAAACUUGCAUCAGUAGAUACUCCAGGUCAGUCAUCGACAUCUGUUUCUGGAGUUCAGCACAACCAACAAACAAGUAGGCCAGAUGCAUCAGGACAGAGUCAAACAUCUACCCAACAGCCACCGCCUUCAAACCAGUCGAGUGGACUUCUUUCUGGUCUUUUGAAGAUGGGUUCAGAAGCUGCAGCCCCAAAAUCACCUUCUGUAGGACAGCAGCCACAUCCUUCCUCUGGAAGCCAGAUGCAAGGUCCACAACGUCAAGGUCAGACUGUGUCACAAGGAGCAACACAACAGCAAAGUCAGUCUGGUGGUCUGUUUUCUAGCAUUUUCAAAAUGGCCACCUCGGAUGAAUCUGUGCAACAACCUGCCCAGUCAAGCAAUCAGCAAGCAAAUGCAUCUGUUCAAAGUGCCAACAAUCAGCAAAAUGAGUCUAGUGGCAUCAUCUCUGGAUUUUUGAACAAACUUACUACAACAGCUGAAGUAACAAUAGCAAAAAGUGAAGCUUCCCCUGAUGAGAAACCAAAACAGCAGCAACAAGACCGUACUGUAAUUAAACCUAGUCAAGGACGUCCACAGAUUCAGAGAGCCAAACCAGUUGAACUUAUGUCCUCUGAAGAUGGAGGUGCAGAAAAAGAUCAAAAAGUUUCAGCACAAAAAGGUUUUUUGUCUGGACUAUUUAGCAAUGCUGCAGAGGAAGACACUUCAUCUAAACUUCCUUCUCAAAUCAAUGAACCGCCAAAAAGUAGUUCUAAUAGUGGUGCAGGUAUGCUUUCUGGAAUUUUUAAAUCUGGAGCUAAUGAAAAUGACACUUCAGCAAAAAGUAAGGACUCCGAGAAGGGCUUCCUUGAUCGACUAAUGUCUAAGCAGAGUAAAGACGAGUCCACUACUUCAGUUACCAGCAGCACUGGUUCAGAGUCAAACAAUUUAGUGAGUGAAGCUUCUCAACAACCUGCUAACCUGCAUCCUGCAGCAAAGUCCACCCAACAGUACGUGGAGGAGAUCCAUAGACUCUUAUAUGGCACGUCUAUUAAUUAUGGCUACCAAGAUCUGCUGUAUACAUUUGCUGUGCAUGGUGUGAUUCCCCCAGAACUGUAUGAACAUCAGUGUCUCAUAGAAGCUCUUCUUUGGCAGCAACUGAAUGAUUAUGCUCUUUUGGAGACGCUAGCAACACAAGUUCCAGACUGUUAUUCUGCAGAUCAAAUGCAAAUGCCAUUAUCCUCUGAACCUGUUGUAGAGACACCUGAAUCGUGGAACUUGAAAAACAUGGAUCCUAGUCAAUUCCAUAUACCCUCACAUCCUUGGCAGGAUGUUGUUAACCUGCCAUUUCAAAGUAGUCUUCCACUAGCAAAUGGAGAGGAUAUUAUUGUGUUUGACAUGAGUAGCACAAACAAGAAACCCUGGGAAGGCUGUGACAAUUUAAAUGGUUUCAGUGAUAAAAGAACCAAAAAGACUUGGAUGGAGAAAACCACUGCCAUAAACCUCUCAACAGAUGUACCAGCAAAACAAAAUGUGUGCCAGUCAAUGUCAGACUUUAGUAGCAAAAAUGCCUCAAAAAUCACCCCAAAAUCACAUUUAGAUUUGAAAUUUGACUCAAGAUUUUUCAGACGUCUUACUGAAAAAAAAGGGCCAUUGGAUUUGACUUCAGGUGCAGUCGACCUCCGUAGCACUGUAACUGCCAGUGAAGGUAUAGAGGAUGACAUAUUUUUUGAAGAUUCUGAGUGGUACCAGCAGUGGCUGUCCUUGUUGGAGCAGGGAAUGUGGUGGCCGGCUGAGGUAGGAGAUUGUGGCUAUUAUGUUUACAUGGACGAAGAAUAUAUAUACACUCUUUUGACUGAUAGGGCUGGGAAGCACCUUUAUGCAUGUGCAACCCCAGAGGAGAGCCGUGUUUUAGAACAAAUCACAGAAAAUAUUUCAAGUAUUCUGCAUAAAAAAGACAAACCAAAAAUGACGCUCUGUGGUUUUAAAAUACCUCUGUUCAGUGAAGAUGAAGUUCUGUGGAUACCAGGAAAAAAACAUUGUGAUUCGCAGCUCCUAAAUGCUCCCAUUGAUUUGUCUUCAGCUCUUCAGAAAGGAAACAGGAUUAUGAACAUGAAUCUUGAGCGGUUCACCCAAAUGUUUCAGGACUCCAUAAAUGCGCAGACAGAGCAACCUGUUGACUUCAGUGUGUACAAACUCAAAAAAGUAAAAAUGGGUUCACAAGAGCCAAGUAUAAUUUCUACAGAGGAGCAACUUCAAGCAGCUGACCUCUCUAGGAAAGCAACAAACCCAUGUCAUGGAGGACCAUACUGGAUAAAUCAGGGUAUUAAAGACCUUUUUCCUGAGGUAUCUGUGCACCAAUUCUCUUCUCCAGUUACUUUUACUUCAUCAGUGGGCUAUAGAGAACAUCCCUCAACUAUAAAAACUUCAAUUCCUGAAAUCAGGAUAGGAUAUGUAGAUAAUAAGCCUGUUGACCAGAAAACUCAAAGUAGGGAAACUACUUUGACAACUACUGCACCACAAACAGCUAAAGGCACAGCAUUGGCAGGAUCUACAAUUACACCACAAUCUCAGGCCACUUCUAGAAAACCUUCUGAUCUACUGCAUGGCAAUGGAACGCCACCUACAUCAACUAGGAAACUUCCUGUAGCACCAGCAAAUUCAACAAAACAGGAUGGGUUUACACAGCAGAGUGCAACCAUUACACCACGAGUAUUACCUACUCCACCAACCUCAGAACAAGUCACAACAAGUAUUUCUUCUAAGCCUUCUGCUGCAUCUCAGAAACAUAAACUGGCAAGACAGCCAUCACAGUCAACACAGUCUCCUUUAUCAGAGAAAGCAUCGAAUUUUGAUAGCUCUAAAACUGAAGAAGUUCCCUUGAAGCCAAAACCUUCCACAGUGAUGUCAAAUCAAAGACUAUCAUUGCCACCACCACAGAAUUUACUUUUUAACAAACCUCAAAUGCCAGUAGACUCUCUUCUUUGUAGUAAACCUAUGGAUUUCUCUGGAACCUUGAGUAAAAAAGACAAAGGUAAAAAUGAGAAAACUCCAGCAGAUACUGAUGCUGAAAGGUCUAUUCAGGAUAUCAUUGACUUUACCACAACAAAAUUAAAAGUUAAAAAGCAGAAUGAAGAGACUUUUCACAUGGGUGAGACAACCGCUGUAGAUCUUACUGUUGAGUUAAAUGAGGAAGUGAAAGAAAUCAAUGUAACAUUUCCAGCUCUAGAGGUCAGAAAUCUCUCCAUGACAAUGUCUGAUGUGCCUCUGGGAACUGUUUCUGCUCCGGCCUCUCCGAGAAGACGACCACAGUACUUUCCUCCAGACAGUGGAAUUCCCAUACAAAAAGACAGCUGUGGCAAUAAAGCACCGAUGUCGCCAAGACAAAAACCCCAGCUUGCAAGACAAGCCUCAGAUCAGGUGUCCCAGGCAAGCAGUAUUCAAGUAAGCCCUGACAGAGUCCUGGUGGAUUCACCCUUAAACGUAGCGUCAAAGUCGGCCUCAACACCAGUUAAACUUGAUCGCCUCGAGGGAGGCCCAAUUAAGCAAAUUUCCAAACCCAGCCAAGUACCAACCUCCAUGCCUCAGGCACCAUCACCUCAUAUAUGUCCUGAAAUAAAGACAUCACCAGUGUUAAGCCCAGCAUUGCGCAUAUCUGCUCAAAAUAAAAAAAUUGGCCUCACAAGGCAGACUUCACUUGUUAGAGAAUCUAUGAGAAUGAGUCACAUGACUGGACAGUCAUAUAAUGAGAACACUGCUCCAGCUAAUUCAGUCAAAGCAACACUGGAUAUGACUUUAAAGACAGCCAAAAAGCAUAUGGAGAUAGUGAUCACUGAGACUUCAGCAACUGAAGCAGUACCCCUUGUAAGAAGCCGACGGGCAUCAUUCACAGAAAUGAAUACAGAUUCUGUUGGUUUGCCUUUGCUUGUUGAGCCAUCAGUGCAGGAGAAGAGUCUUAUCCCACAAAGGCAUCAAUCGUUACCCCAGCUCGUAUGUAGCGAAUCCAGGUUUUUCCAGGAAGGUCCUGUUUUACACAGCCAAAACCAUAUUUGCAGCAGAACUGCAGGUUUGCCAGUGCAUCCUUCUUCUUAUCACCAAACAGCAACUGCUCCAGCUAAUGCAAUAAAAGCUACAUUAGAUAUGUCUGCUAAAUCAACUACUCAUUCGACUGUGGUUACUGAGGCAAUUCAAAAGCAAGCACUGCCACUUGUGAGAGCGAGAUCAACAUCAAUCUCAGAUUGCAACGAAGAGCUUGUCGGAUUGCCUUUGCUUAUUGAGCCAUCAGUGCAGGAGAAGAGUCUUAUCCCACAAAGGCAUCAAUCGUUACCACAUCUCUCUUCUAAUGACUCCAAGUUUUUCUAUGAAGACCCUGUUUUACCCAGCCAAAAUCAUCCUUAUAACAGAACUGCAAGUUUGCCAGUGCAACUUACUCAUUGUCAUCAAAUAGCAACUGCUCCAGCAAAUGUGAUUAAAGCUACAUUAGAUAUGUCUGCAAAAUCAACAGCUAGUUCAGCUGUGGUAACUGAGGUGGUUCAAAAGGAAGCAUUGCCACUUGUGAGAGCAAGAUCAACAUCAAUCUCAGAUGGCAAUGAGGAGGUUGUUGGUAUGUCUUUGAUUGUGGACCCUCCAACGCAACAGCGGAAAAAUCUUCUCAUGAGUUGUGAAUCACAAUCGAAUGUUAGACAAAGUGAUUCUUUACAACAUGUGGAUGUGAAAACAUCCCAGUUAAAUCCAGCCUUAAGCCGACAAACACCUAGUUGGCAAGCAGCUUCUGCUCCAGCCAGUGCAGUUAAAACAAUUGUGGAUAUGUCUCCAAAGCCGAUUGAAAAAAUCAAAGAGGAAAAGCAAGAAUUAUCUCCAAUGCCAUUGAUGAAAAGAAAAACAUCUGCUACUGUGAUUGCCACAGGGACAUCUGCUGGUUUGCCUUUAAUUGUAACACCCUCUAAUUCCCAAGAAAAUCUUAUGUCAGAGUCCUCAUCUCCAUCACAAGUGCAGGAAACACUGAAAGAAAAGAAUAGUGGUACUUUAAGCCAGCAGUCCCUUGAAAUCAGAAGCAUCUCUUCUGAAGUGGGUUGCUUUCAAAGCAAAGGUCCUACAUUACAAAUAAAAUGGCAAUCAUCUCUUUUAGGACAGCCCAACAGAAUACCCACAGCACCAGCUAAUACAAUCAAGGACAUAGUUGACAUGUCUCCAAAACUCUUGUCAGAUCCAACAGAGGUUUGUGGAGAAGUUAUGACUGAAGCUGGCGUGCUGUCACUUGUAAAGACAAGACCAACCAGUGAUACUGAAGUAAUUAAAAGGGCUAGCUGGUGUACCAUUACUGCUCAAGGAACAAAAGGACCUUCGGCACCAGCUAACACAAUUAAAUCCACUAUAGAUAUGUCUUUGGGCCGAUCAGUCUCUAAGAUAUCUGAGGGAUCAGCAGGAGAAAUGCUUCCAAGUGGAGUAAUGCCUCUUGUCAAAGAUAAAGCAGCCAUCAACAAAUAUUCAAGAAAAGACUCAAUGGGAAUGCCAUUAAUAGUUGAUUCUUUUUCUGAGCAGGUCUCUCAAAAAACAUCACCUUUUAUAUCAUUACUAGAGGAAAAAGGUAAUCCACACCAAAUGCAAUUACUAAAUGGACGUCAUACUACAGAACCUUUUUUGCGCCAACAGAUCUCUACCUAUCACCGAAAUGGAAUCCUCUCAAUCUCAAAUACACAAACUGUAGAAUCUCAGCCCUUCAGCAAACCGAUAGACUUCUCUGUCAUUGUUUCACCUACACAGCGCAACUGCUCUUCUGUUCUGCAAAAUGGACAUCCUGUGGAUUUUACUAGAAGUGAAGAAGAGAAAUCAAGGAUUGGAAGCAGAUAUCCAAAAACUGGUAGUAGCACUUUUAAGAAAUCCUAUGUUGGGGCUGUUGACCUGACUGCUGACAUAAUGAUUGAUGUAAAUAGAAACAAAAGUGGUGAUGACGUCAAAGAUCUUUCAUCUCCAAGGAGUACUAGCAUAUCCACUCAGAACACCUCAGCAUGUUCAGCGGUUGUAUAUGCCACCACAACAAAUAAGAAAGAUUCUUAUCAACUGCCAAGACAUGAGGACAUAUUGGCCCCCCAAUCAAAGAAUGUAGCUAAACCUCAAGCAUCAUACCCAUCUUUUCAGUCCAGUGUGCCUACACAAAUGGCAGAUAUAUCCAUUCAGAUGAAAAGUCAUUUGCAUGUCUCUAAACCUUCUGUACAACUAAAGAAAGAACAAAGUGAACCUGCUGAACCAAUGAACACGCAUCUUUUGAAUAAGGAGCUUCCAUUUGCAAGCAACACGAGUGUUGAUCCACAUGGCUCUCAUCUCUCUGCACAAAUCAGUAAUUCAUCUAAAAUGGUGACCUUCAGUGACCUGCCCCCAAAAUCUAUGCCUCACAUAAAUUGCUCAGAGCAUGCAACUUAUCAGCAAGUAGCUCAAAGAUCUAUCAUCAGUAGACAGGUGGUAACACACCAGUCAAUUCCCUUGACGUUAACUGAGAAUGAAGGGACUGAAUUUGUUUUUACUUCAGCUGCUACUGCUUCAACUACAGUCUCAAGACCCAAAGGUAUUAUCAAACAAUCAACAGUGGAAAGCUUUGGAGAAGAUUGCACCCCUCAGAGUGGGACAGCUGCUUUCAUCAGAAAGCCUUUAGCAUUAGACAAUACACUUGUUCAAACUUCAGUUGUUCCAGUUAUAUCAGUUCAAGAUGUAUCCACACCUGACCAUGGUUUGUCACCUAACAUUGUGUCUACUGCUGCAAACCUACCAGUGUCAACUUCUGCCAUUGUACUAGAAUCAGUAGUUGUUGUACCCACAAGUACAACAAACUCUCAAGUUUCCAUGGCAUGUUCAAGACCACUUUUAACAAGUCCUGCUGUCAAACCAAGUGUUAUGGAUGGUCAUCAGCUAUCUCCAGAUCAAGUCUCAAAUUCAAGCCCAGCCACAAAGAUGUCAGUCAAAGGUUUGAUAUCGUUGUUUGAUGGAGAAGGCUCCCAACCAGCAACCACUAUCUCACAAAAAAGUGAUCAAAUAUUACCGUCAAUUGUCAAAUCAUCACAAAAUGUUUGUUUUGAGUUUAACCAAGAAAUGACAACAUCUCCAAACUGGACAGUGACGAAAACAGCCGACAUGUCAGUGAUCAGCGGACCAUCUACUGUUAAAGCACAUGCGUCACCAUCCUUAGUUGAUCCAUCCACAGUGCAUCUUCCAAGUGUAGCAAAUACUACACCACCUUCUGUAAUAAGACCACCCGUCAAACCUAAUGAAGUUUCACCAGUUCAAGCUCAAGUUUUCCCCACUGACCAGCCUUUAACAAGUGCACUCAUACAACAUCAUAAAACAACCAUUCCUCAGACUGAGGCAUCUGCUCAAAGCUUUGCCCCAACGUUUAGUGGCACAAUUUCUCAGCCAAUGAAUGUUUGUGUUAUUCCAGAAGAGACACAGUCUCAAGAAAAUACUUUUGGAAGCAUCCACUUUCCUGAAGUUUCAGUCACAAGUGAUAAAUCCACCAGCCCUGCUACAUCUUCCUGUGUGUCUACAGUUACUCCCUUAACACUUCAAACACAAUUGAAAGAGAUACCAUUUAUGGUCAUGUCUUACAACCAGACUGAUGCAGGCCAAUCAUGUGAAAUAUCAACUCAACAUCAUUCUGCUGCAGUCAGUGGAUGUGAUGCCCAGCAUAUGUCAGUUCAAGCCACUACACAGUUCUCUGUACCUCAAACAGCAGCUGUGUCUCGGUCCACCACAGUAUCUUGUGUUGAAACAGACUGUGUUAGUCAGUCAGAUGUUACUCCUCAGCAGCGUUAUUUGUCUGAGAUGAUGUUUAUUGAAGAGACACCAUCUUUCAUUCAAGUUUCACCCAAUGAGCUAGAGGGACGGUCAUUAGUCAUUUCUGGUUUGGGCCCAAGAAAGAUGCUUAUACCUCAGAUCAUGAUUUCAGAAGCUAGCAGUCCUGAAGACUGUCCUAGUGAGGAAGAUACCAUGACAGAUGAACCUGAUACAACAGAGAAAGAUGAUCCUGUCAUUGACAAGACUCCUAUGGAAAGCACUGAUGGUUCUCAAGACAAUUUAGCUAUCGAGGUUGUGAAAUCUCAAGAAACUGACAGUCAGAGCAUAAAAAUGAAUCUCUCUAAUAUGGUGGCAUCCCCAGAGGCUCUAACAGAGGUUUCAGUGAUUAAACAUGAUAACUCUAUUGAUGUACUUACCAAUUCUGAUGUAUUUUCAGCACCGUUAAUACCAAGCACUGUUGAACAAAAUGAGAGUAUCUGCCCUGAGGCCAGCACUUCUGAAAAAACAUAUCCUGAUGACGAUUACAAGGAGGGUGGCCAUGUGUCUAAUCUAGAAGAUGGUGCAAACACAGAAUCAACAAUGUGUAAAGAGAAAAUAAAAGAUCACAAGGUAUCCUCUAAAGUAAUGGCUAACAAAUUGAGUAUCAUUUCUGAACCAGUGUCCUCAGGAACAGAAAAUGUACCAUCAGAAGACACUCUAAAAACCUCUAAAGUAAUGUCUGAUGAACUGAGUAUCACUUCUGGACCAGUGUCCUCAGGAACAGAAAAUGUACCAUCAGAAGACACCCUAAAAACCUCUAAAGUAAUGUCUGACGAACUGAGUAUCACCUCUGGACCAGUGUCCUCAGGAACAGAAAAUGUACCAUCAGAAGACACCCUAAAAACCUCUAAAGUAAUGUCUGACGAACUGAGUAUCACCUCUGGACCAGUGUCCUCAGGAACAGAAAAUGUACCAUCAGAAGACACCCUAAAAACCUCUAAAGUGAUGUCUGACGAACUGAGUAUCACUUCUGGACCAGUGUCCUCAGGAACAGAAAAUGUACCAUCAGAAGACACCCUAAAAACCUCUAAAGUAAUGUCUGACGAACUGAGUAUCACCUCUGGACCAGUGUCCUCAGGAACAGAAAAUACCAGUGUCCUCAGGAGCAGAAAAAUAGACAUUCUAAAAACCUCAAAAUCUGAACCAAGUACAAAGGAAGUGGAAGGGCAGAGUUCAGGGCCUGCAAAAUCACAUGAAGAGGCAACACCCACCAGCACUGAGCCAGUUUCUUUUUCCACAUCUGUUGAAGAGCAAUCUGGCAAAGGCAUAUUCUCACUUUUUGGCACUUCAUCUUCGGGUCAAACUCAGCCUCAGAGUGGACAGUCCAUAUUAGGAGGGAUACUCCCUGGGUCUUCAUCCUCUAAAGAAAUACCAGGUACAGGAUUAUUCUCAAUGUUUGGAAAUUCUGGUCCUCAAGCAACACAAACACCAUCUUCACAUAAAGAGCCACCUGGAAAGGGCUUAUUUUCUAUAUUUGGUGGAUCUGUUGCUCAGCCACAACCUAACCAGCAAGGUUCACCUAUGUCUGGCCCAAAGGAUCUGCCUGUAGGACCAAGACUACCACACAUGCCUACUCCAAGGAUGGCUCCAGGACCUGGACCAAGAGGACCACCUGGACAUGUUCCAAGAACUACAUCAGGACCUGCACCAAGGGGACCAACACCAAGGGGUCCAACUCCAAGAGGGCCCACAUCCAAAGAACCACUGGGAAAAGGACUAUUUUCUGUGUUCGGUGGGUCUUCUCAGCCGACAGCACCAACAGGGGGAACUGCUGCAAAAACACCUGGAUCUGGAUCCUCAAUACUUGGAGGUAUUUUGCCUGGUUCUGGGGUCAAGGAAAACAAUGGCCCUGGUUUAUUUUCCAUGUUUGGAGGAGGUAGUUCUCAAUCCCAAGCACCAGCUGAUGCUGCUACACCUGAAUCUACCAAUAAGGAAUCAACAGGAAAAGGAUUGUUUUCCAUGUUUGGUGGACCAAGUCCAAUGGCAAGCUCUGAGCCAGAAAGUCUCUUUAAAGUUCCUUCUGUGUUCUCAUCAGAUAAAACAAAAUCUACUGGAUUCAGCCUCAUGUCUUUUGUGGAUGAUAAGAAAUCUGAUUCAAAACCUGCAGAUGCAUCCACUGUAGGGGCGGAUUCUCUCACACGCAAUAUAACACCCCCACCUUUAACUGAUGCAAUUACAGAUGAAAAAACAUCAGUUGAGGCUAAAGAAGAGGUUCCUGCAGAGAUCACCUUUGAACCUCCUGGCAAGAAGGAUGAGAAACUGAAUGAUGAAAUGAAGGAUGAGUCUACGAAUGAUACAGGGAGGACUGAUGAAAUGCACUCUGCCAUAAAUGAUGAUACAAAGUCUGAAAUGGUGACACUAAUAAAAGAGACUGAAGAGGUACAAGCUGAAAAGGAAGAAACUUCUACGGUUGACAAAGUACAUGAGGAACAAACCAUUAAUGAGAAACCUAAUGAGGAGCUGGACAUGAAAAAUUACAAAGAAACUAUAGCCACUAGGUCAGAGAAAACUGAUUAUGUGACACCAAUAAACAAGACUGAAGAGAUUGUACCUGUGACUGAGGAGCAGUCUAAAAAUGAAGAAACUUCUGUGGUCGACAAAAUGUAUGAGGAACAAACCAAUAAUGAGCAACUUAAAAUUGGGGAACUGGAUGUGGAAAAUGACAAAGAAACUGUAGCCACUGGUCCAGAUUCUGACAAAGAUUUAAACCAACAUGUGCUUGAAAAAUCAUCAGAGCAUGAGAGAGUUUUAGAGGCUUUUGAUCUUGAGAAGCCAUCAGAAGUCUUGUUAGAAUCUGAGAAAACUGUAGAGCCUGAAAAAUCAUCUGAAUCACAAGACCCAGUGCAGAAAAACAUGGAAUCAGAAGAAUGUGUGGAACUGGAAAACUCUCAGGAAACUAACAAACCUCUGGAUUCUGAGAAACCCUCAGAAAAUGAGAAAUCUCUCACUGAAGGAACAGGGAAAGUUGAUGUACAAAUAGCAGACAAAAUUUCAGCUGAAUCUGAAAAAGACACUGUAUUGACUAUUUCUGACAGCCAGCAAGCAGACCUUAAGGAAAAACCAGAUGAAAUCACAAAGCCACAAGAAAGUGACAAAACAUUAAUAGUGGCAACCACACAACCAUCUUUAGAUCCACAGUUGAUUUCUUCUGUUCAGCAGCAGCAACGACCCAAACAAGACACUAUUGUACUUCAGCCAGGAAAUCUGGGUUUUCCUGCUCAGCCAAGACCAAGAAUGGCAGGACCUUUUUGUCAGCCCAGACCUGGAAUGCCUGACCCAAGAGGACCUAGACCAGCCAUUUUCAAUCAACCAAGACCAAGAAUGCCUGGAUCUCAAAGACCCCCAGAGCCUGCUGCAUUUUCUGGGUUUAUGUCAAUGUUUUCUGGUCCAAGUGCUUCUAGCAAGCCAGCGACUUCUAGUUUCUUCUCAGUGCCACAGACCUCGUUCUUCAAGUCAUCUCCACCUUCUGCUCCAGCACAACUGCAACCGCAACAGCAGAAGAGCUCAUUUUUUAAUCUUCCAACCAGCCUGCCAACAGACUCCCUCACAGGUGAUCUGUUCGGAUUGUUUAAAGGUACAGAAGCAGCAAAAUCAGAUGAAACCAAGCGGCCAGAGAAAGGUCAUGAUGGAACACAAGACUCUAAAGAGCAAAUAAGCCUCACUGCUAGUAAGUCAAGUGCAGUCUCUGAACCUGAGUCAACUGUGGCAAGCAGUGAAUUAGUAAAUGAAGAACAACUGAAGCAAGGUGAUUCAGAAUCAUUAAAGCUUGUUGAAGAGCAAGAGGUCAAAUCUCCAGGUGAAACAAAAUAUGAAAGCAAGGAAAUCACCGAGACAUCUGAAACUAUUCACACACAGACAUCUGAAUCGGGUUUGCCCUCAAAGGUACCACCAGGAGACAAAGAAACCCCACCAUCAACACCCAAAGCAGUAGUUGAAGACAAACUACCAACCUCGCCACCUUCUAAAGGUAUCUUUGCUUUACCUGGUUUAUCAACAUCCUCUCUUGGUGGUUUGAUGUCUGGUGCAUCAGAGACAGCCAAACCUUUCAGCUCUUUUUUUGGCUCUUCCACUCCUGCCCCUUCAGUCAGCACCAACCCUUCACAGCCACAAGCAGAGAGCAGUGGUCUGCUUUCCGGUCUAAAAGGUUUGUCUGCGGGUCUCUUCCAAGAAGAGAAGUCGGCUUCUGCAACGGAAGAGACAAUGUCUUCAAUGUUUGGAAGGAAAAUAGGCUUCCCAUGGCAAAGUUCACCCCCUCAGACCCCUCCUGCCACCCAGUCUAAACACCCGGACUUGAAGCCUGAAGAAAAUGAUGAACCAGAGGCUGAUAAAUUGUCACUUGAAUCAGAGGUCACAGGAAGUGCAGAUCCCAGUGAUGCAGAAGGUCCAAGUGACAACUCUUCACAUAAGCAGCCAAGCUUUGACACAAGUCCAGAGAGUCCGACAGCAUUUAAACAAGGGGCAUCCUGUCUGGAAGUAGAACAUGUGGACAAAUCCCAAAUUUCCCAAGAUUGCAUAGACAAGGACAAGGACCCUCCUGAUACAAAUUCCAGCCUUCAACAGCAAACCUUUGAUAAAAGCCCGGUGGACAGUUCUCGAUUUGGGUCUUCUGGUAACCUUAGCCAAGCCAGUUCCCAGUUCAGCUCUGAGCCAGAAGAACAAAGCUAUUCAGACUCUCAGAUCAGGCCUUCUGUUGUUGCUCAACCUCUUCCACCCUCAGAUGACACAGAAAAAGGGGAAAGAGAGAUAUUAGCAAAUGUGGAGAAAGAAGUACAGGGAGAGAGUGCGCCCAAGCCAGUUGCUAAUCAAGGGAGAAAGCCAGAGAGGCAGCAAAGUUUCUAUGAGGAUGGACCACCUCCUUUCUCUCCUUCCCGCCUGCGCUGGUUGAAGGCCAUCAAUAAAGUCAGAGUGAAGCUGCAUGAGAAUAUCAAUGGAGACCAUAACAAACAUCCAUGGGCCAAACCUGGGGGAGGAGGAAUAUUUGGCAUUGAUAGCAUGCCUGACCUUAGGAAGAAGAAGCCUAUCCCCUUGGUUAGCGAAGUGUCUCUUGUGCAGUCCAGGAAAGCAGGGAUCUCGCAUGCAUUAGCUGCACGCUCUUCACUGAAGGACGAAGAACUGAAGAAUCACGUGUACAAGAAGACCCUUCAGGCUCUGAUUUACCCUAUUUCUUGCACGACACCCCAUAACUUUGAAGUGUGGACGGCCACCACGCCUACCUACUGCUACGAGUGUGAAGGUUUGUUGUGGGGCAUCGCACGGCAGGGCAUGCGCUGCUCAGAGUGUGGAGUCAAAUGCCACGAAAAAUGCCAGGAGCUUCUCAACGCAGACUGUUUACAGAGAGCUGCUGAGAAGAGCUCCAAAACGGGAGCAGAGGAUAGAACCCAGCAUAUCAUAUCGGCCAUGAAGGACCGCAUGAAGAUCCGAGAGAGGAACAGGCCUGAAAUCUUUGAAAUUAUAAGGCUUGUGUUCAAUGUGACUAAACUGAACCAUGCUCAGCAGAUGAAGGCCAUCAAACAGACUGUGCUUGACGGAACAUCAAAGUGGUCUGCCAAAAUCUCCAUCACGGUGGUGAGCGCUCAGGGCCUGCAGGCUAAGGACAGAACUGGUUCCAGUGAUCCGUAUGUGACCGUUCAGGUUGGCAAGACUAAGAAGAGAACCAAAACUAUCUACGGUAACCUCAACCCUGUGUGGGAGGAGACAUUCAACUUUGAGUGCCACAAUUCAUCUGACCGUAUUAAACUGCGUGUGUGGGAUGAAGAUGACGAUAUAAAGUCUCGUGUGAAGCAGCGUCUGAAGAGGGAAUCUGAUGACUUUUUAGGUCAGAGCAUUAUCGAGGUCCGAACCCUCAGCGGAGAAAUGGAUGUCUGGUACAACCUUGAAAAACGCACAGACAAGUCAGCGGUAUCAGGGGCCAUCAGACUGCAGAUAAGUGUGGAAAUUAAAGGAGAAGAGAAAGUGGCCCCUUAUCAUGUUCAGUACACCAGUUUGCACGAGAAUUUUUUUCACUUUGUGACAGACAUUGAAGGACAAGGUGUGGUGAAGUUGCCCGCGGCACGAGGAGAUGAUGCCUGGAAGGUCUACUUUGAUGAGGUUGCUCAGGAUAUUGUAGACGAAUUUGCCAUGCGCUAUGGAAUAGAAUCCAUCUAUCAGGCCAUGACGCAUUUUGCAUGUCUGUCCUAUAAAUACAUGCUGCCUGGUGUUCCUGCGGUAAUGAGCACACUCCUGGCCAACAUCAACGCAUUCUACGCUCAUCCCACCUCAGUCACCAAUGUCUCCGCCUGUGACCGCUUCACUGCCUCCAACUUUGGGAAAGAUCGCUUUGUUAGACUGCUGGAUCAGCUCCAUAACUCUCUCCGAAUUGACCUGUCAACAUACAGAAAUAAUUUCCCAGCCAGCAGUAAACCACGUCUAGCAGAUCUCAGAUCCACAGUGGAUUUGCUGACCAGCAUUACAUUCUUCAGACUGAAGGUUCUGGAAUUGCAGUCUCCCCCGCGUGCUGCCCAUGUGGUCAGGGACUGUGUGAAAGCAUGCCUCAACUCCACUUAUGAGUACAUCUUUAACAACUGCCAAGAGCUGUACAACAGACAGUUCCAGCCGGCCAUAGAGCCUAAACCACAAGAAAAGAAAGAGGGAGAAGAGGGUGAAGAAGAGGAAGACGAGAAGGAUAAGAAGGAGGAGGAAAAUGCUGCUGUAGAGGAACCAGGACCAAGCAUACAGAAUUUGGACUUCUGGCCCAAACUCAUCACCUUAAUAGUUUCCAUCAUAGAGGAGGACAGGAACUCCUACAGCUCCAUCAUAAAUCAGUUUUCUCAGGAGCUGAAUGUGGGGAAGGUCAGUGCUGAGGUCAUGUGGACACUCUUCGCUCAGGACAUGAAGUAUGCACUGGAAGAGCAUGAGAAGCUGAGGUUGUGUAAAAGUGCGGACUACAUGAAUCUGCAUUUCAAAGUCAAAUGGCUCUACAAUGAAUACGUCCAUGACCUGCCCGCCUUCUCCGACACCGUCCCAGAAUACCCAUCGUGGUUUCUGCCAUUUGUUCUCCAGUGGCUGGCUGAGAAUGAGGAAGUGUCGAUGGAGUUUAUGCAUGGAGCCCUUGAGAGGGAUAAAAGAGAGGGGUUCCAGCAGACAUCUGAGCAUGCUCUGUUCUCCUGUUCGGUCGUGGACAUCUUCACUCAGCUCAACCAAAGCUUUGAAAUCAUUAAGAAACUAGACUGUCCUGAUCCUGCAGUGGUUGCCCAGUACAAUCGACGAUUUGCCAAGACUAUCACCAAAGUGCUCCUGCAGUAUUGUGCUAUUCUAACCAAGAGUUUCCCCUCGUACUGUGAGAAGGAAAAGACGCCCUGUGUGUUGAUGAACAACGUUCAACAGAUGCGUGUGAUGUUGGAGAAGAUGUUUGAGUCUAUGGGAGCCAAACAGCUCGACUCAGAGGCUGCAGAUAUCCUCAAUGACCUGCAAGGGAAGCUUAAUUCUGUUCUGGAUAACCUGAGUGGCAUGUUUGCCAAGAGUUUCCAGGCGCGUAUGAAUACAUGUGUGCGUCAGAUGGCGGAGAUCCUGUAUCAGAUUAAAGGACCUCUGAAUCAGAACACUCGUAACACAGCGGAGGCUGACGCAGACAACGCACUGCGGCCGCUUAUGGAGUUCCUCGACACAAACCUCAGCAUCUUUGCGGACAUAUGUGACAAGACUGUGUUGAAGCGUGUGCUAAAGGACCUCUGGAAGAAUGUUCUGAUCUGCAUGGAGAAAACGAUUGUGUUACCUCAGAGCAGCGACAGUAUAGGAGCUCAACUUCUUACUGCUGCUAAGGAACUGUCUAAACUAAAGGGAGGGGUGGAGCCAAAGAGCUUGUCACCAAGGCAAUGUGUGAUCCUGGAUGCAGCACUGGAUUCAAUCAAGCUCUUCUUCCAUGCUGGUGGGAACGGUUUAAAGAAAGUGUACCUGGAGAAGAGCCCUGAGCUGUCGUCGCUGCGUUAUGCUCUCUCCCUAUAUACACAGACCACAGAUGCUCUUAUCAAGGCGUUUGUGACGACACAACAUGCUCAGGUUCAAAAUGGUAUGGGCAUCAGGAUCACCCCCAAGGAGAACGUUCGACCCGACAGAGGCUCUGGGGUUGAGCGGCCGAUCGGGGAAGCGGUGAUUCAGCUGGAUUUGUCGCCCCCAGCUGGAAACACUGAGCAGAAACUCGGUGUCAGAGUGAUUGCAGUAAAUGACAUGAAAUGGCAGACCUCAGGGAUGUUUCGUCCAUUUGUGGAUGUUAACCUGGUCGGCCCACAGCUUACAGAGAAGAAACGAAAAUUCACAACCAAAUCGAAAAACAACUGCUGGACUGCAAAGUACAACGAGGCCUUUCAAUUUAUGUUGGGUAAAGGUGCGAGUCUGGACUGCUAUGAGAUUCAGAUAACGGUGAAGGAUUAUUGUUUCGGUCGUGCGGAUCGUGUGGUCGGGAUCGCAGUGCUGCAGCUGCGUGACGUAGCAGACCGGAAAAGCUGCGUGUGCUGGUGCCCCUUGGGUCCACGUAUCAACAUUGAUGAAACCGGGACCACUGCACUACGAAUCCUCUCUCAGCGCUCAACUGAUGAGGUUGCCAAAGAGUUUGUCAAACUUAAGUCUGAGACCAGACCUGCUGAAGAGGGCAGGUGAAGAUGAAACUCAAGGUUGACUUCUUCAAUUUAUCAUUAGGAUUAAAGAGGAGAAACAGAAGAGACUUUGAUAAUACAAGACAAAUGCAAACACUGACUGACAGACAAACAAGCGUUCACAAACCAAUCACACAAGGACCUACACUGUUUAUAAAAUUGCGUAUGUUUAUUCAAAGCCUUAAGAGUCACUUAACUGUCUGACUGGCUUUGCAUCACUCUACAUGAUGGGCAACAACUCACAAAAUGAGUGAUAGCAUUGAGAAUAGAGUUCCCACCGUCAUGGAAAAUCUGGAAAUAUCAGGAAAUUUUCAGUUGUUGGUUUCCAGGCAUUAAAAGUCAAGGAAAUGUGAAAGAAAGAAAAAAAAGUCACUUAGCUAGAAAUCUCUGCAUUUUUGUUUUACAAAAAUUAUCUAGUUGAGCAAACAACUUGAAAAUUCAUGGAAAUUUUUAAGAAAUCUUCAAAAGUCAGCACUAAAAUAUUUUGUUGGCUAGAAAUUGGUAUUUGUGAGAGCAGUCUCUGCAUUUUUGUUUUAUGAAAAUUAUGUAGUUGAUCAAAUGACUGGAAAAAAAAAAAAAAAAUCCUAAGUCAGCACUAAAAUAUUUUGUUGGCUAGAAAUGUAUUUGCAAUCUGCAUUUUUUCACAAAAAUUAUCUAGGUAUUCAAACAAAUGGAAAAGUCAUGAAAAUAAUACAAAAAUGUCUUAAAGUCAAAAUGAAAAUAAUUUGUUGGCUAGAAAUUUGUAUUUGUAAGUGCAAUCUCUGAAUUCUUUGCAACAAUGUUUACAAAAUUAUCUAGUUUAUCAAACAACUAUAAAUGUAUUGGUAAAAAUGUGUGGGAGCCCUGUGAGAAGAGAAAAGCAGAACGCUACACGUUUUACUGAGCACUUCACAGUUAUUUCAAGCACAUUUGUAAUGAAAGGUAUAAAUGACACGUGUGAGAAGAUGUGAGAGUUUUGCCAAACAUGAGUCUAUGGGCUCAUUCCACAUGUUCUUCGUGGCCUUCUGAAUGGGAGGAGUCUUACAGCAGGGGGAGUGGUCUAACAAGAUUAAUUUACAUUGGCUGCCUAUUCUUUGAUUGACAGGCACAGAUAUGCACAUUUAGACAUGUUUUUCUCAAUUGGUCAUGUUCACUAAUGUGUUCCUGAAAUCUUAUCUGUGAUACCUUCAAUACAUUCAUCACCUUUGUCUAACUUGAAAGACAUUUCUAAUAGUCCGAACCGCUCCGAAUGCUCCAAAGAUCGUGGUUAUCCCUCCUAGUCUCUUAUAAACAGAUCAAUACGCAAGUAAAUCAAGACAAAUAUAGACCAACCAGUAGUGCCAGCCAAUGAGAAGGGAUGUACUGUAUGAAACUUUGUUUACCUUGUGCCAAGUAGUUUGUAUGCUCUCUUUUUUGAGGUGUAAUGGAGUUAUGGUUUGUUUUGUUUGUAAUAUAUGCACAACCAAACCUGUGUAAACACGGUCUGUAAAGUAGACUACCACAUGUGCAUGUAUUUAUUGUAAAUUGCAGCUUUUGGUCAUGUUUAUUUAUGUUUUGUCAAUAUGUGGAAAGCUAUUUAUGUAUUUUAAACUAUGGAAGAGAUCACAGAUUGAAUCGAUAUUCUGAAUUUAUUUAUAAAUUAUUUCUGAAUUAAUGUGUGACUGAACUUUCUUUCUGAUGUGCAUUUGGAUGCAUAGACUUUUUCUAACUUUCUAUAUGACUGUGGGUUCUUCCUCUUAAACCAUUUCCUCUCUUCCAUUGUCUUUAAUAUUUAGCAGCAGAAACAUGUCAUUUUGAGUGUUCCUUCUCUCUUUAGAAGUUCCUCUAGAGGAAUCCGAUCCAGAUAGGGCAGGUCCAGCCUUGCCUUGCCUAGUUUGUUGUUCAAAACCACCUGGUCAUUUCACUCCUUGACCUCUGCUUUUAAUAAGGUGACCUGUUUUAAAAAUCAAUGAAACGGAGGUAAGACUAAUUUCUGUAUAAUGCAGAUCAAUUAUUUGCAUUUAAUGUUGGUGUAUUUUGAUGUGGAAUGCAUAUAUUUU